GCUAGCAGAGCUAGCUUGAUGUUGUGGUGUGUGAGGAGAAUAUUUGAGGCUCUGCAGUAAAAAUGUCUUCACUUCAGUCUCUGGGAGAGUUGAUCCGCUAAAGCGACUAACUGCUGCUGCUGCAGAAAUCUUCUCACCAGGCUGUGGAAACUUUCUUCUCCUCCUCAACAACUUGGUGGAGUUCUUUCCAGAACCAGAGAAGAAAUUCUGCGGUCUUCGUGACAAUCGGAGCUCCAGAAUCAGGUUGUGGGUCAGAAAAGCUUUUCUCUAGACUUCCUGCCCUCUGGAUCUGCUGCUGUUCCUUUGGCCAGAACCAAAGCGUUGGAUCUUUAAUGUCCUGCGUUGUUCUGAAGCAGCAUCUUAAUCAGCUCUCCUGCUUUGUUUCUAUUGCAGCUGUUAGCUAAACACGGCUAAAGAAAACCUGCUACCACUUCAGGAUCAUCCAUCAGCUGGGACUGAUUGAUCGUGUGUUCUUCACCACCUGGACCUGGACAGCAUGGACACAGAUUUUCAACAGGUGAUUCUGGUUAAAUAAGAAGCUUCAGAAGAACAGAGUGCUCGUGUCAACCACCAGCACCUAGAUUUUCUCCACAAAAGGGAGGAACAGGAGAAACUCUGGCCGAGUUUGGAGGGUGUUGGGUAAUUUUAUCAAUCCAGGAUUACCUUAGGGAAGUUCAAAGCACAGGGGGGUUAUAGUAAUCAGUUUGUCAAAACCAAUACCAAUAAUCAAACAAUCAAUCAGUUUAGACUUUGCAAAGUGGAGAGGAAAAGUACACACCAGUCGGUUGUCAGGUUCGCUCUCAUCGGGCAGAUGCCUUCCGAAAGGCUUUAUUAAGCACACACACAAAAAGAUAACCACACACACAUUCGACAUUCUUCACAGACUCUUAGGCAGGAAGACACACCAGGUGCAAUUCUAAAUCAACAAACCACAAAGCAGUUGCAGUCUGGACUUUCUCAAGGGAGUUCUACUGAUAAGGGGACCAGUACCAGUCCUGGUACUUAGGGCAAGGUCAAUCCUCCCUGUAGGAACUACAAAAGCCUGUCUGUUACCAGAGUAAAAUAAAUGGAUGAAACUUCGUUUAAAAACACCAGAUGUUAAACAGAAGCCUUUCGCCAGUGAGCUCUGUGGACAAAGAUUUAGCCAAAAGACAACUUUAAACAAACACAUGGAAGUCCACACAGGACAGAAGCCUUUCGCCUGUGAGCUCUGUGGACAAAGAUUUAGCCAAAAGGCACAUUUAAACAGUCACAUGAGAGUCCACACAGGACAGAAGCCUUUCGUCUGUGAGCUCUGUGGACAAAGAUUUAGCCAUCAGAAAACUUUAAACAGUCACAUGAGAGUCCACACAGGACAGAAGCCCUUUCCUUGUGAGCUAUGUGGACAAAGAUUUAGCCAAAAGACAACUUUAAGCAGCCACAUGAGAGUGCACACAGGAGAGAAACCUUUUGCCUGUGAGCUCUGUGGACAAAGAUUUAGCCAAAAGUCAAAUUUAAACAAACACAUGAGUGUCCACACAGGACAGAAGCCUUUCACCUGUGAGCUCUGUGUAAAAAGAUUUAGCCAAAAGACAAAUUUAAACAAACACAUGAAAGUCCACACAGGACAGAAGCCUUUCACCUGUGAGCUCUGUGGACAAAGAUUUAGCCAAAAGGCACAUUUAAACCGUCACAUGAGAGUCCACACAGGACAGAAGCCUUUCGCCUGUGAGUUCUGUGUAAAAAGAUUUAGCCAAAAGACAAAUUUAAACAGUCACAUGAAAGUCCACACAGGACAGAAGCCUUUCGCCUGUGAGUUCUGUGUAAAAAGAUUUAGCCAAAAGACAAAUUUAAACAGUCACAUGGAAGUCCACACAGGACAGAAGCCUUUCGCCUGUGAGCUCUGUGGACAAAGAUUUAGCAAAAAGACACAUUUAAACAGUCACAUGAAAGUCCACACAGGACAGAAGCCUUUCGCCUGUGAGCUCUGUGUAAAAAGAUUUAGCCAAAAGACAAAUUUAAACAGUCACAUGAAAGUCCACACAGGACAGAAGCCUUUCGCCUGUGAGCUCUGUGUAAAAAGAUUUAGCCAAAAGGCACAUUUAAACAAACACAUGAAAGUCCACACAGGACAGAAGCCUUUCACCUGUGAGCUCUGUGGACAAAGAUUUAGCCAAAAGGCACAUUUAAACCGUCACAUGAGAGUCCACACAGGACAGAAGCCUUUCGCCUGUGAGUUCUGUGUAAAAAGAUUUAGCCAAAAGACAAAUUUAAACAGUCACAUGAAAGUCCACACAGGACAGAAGCCUUUCGCCUGUGAGUUCUGUGUAAAAAGAUUUAGCCAAAAGACAAAUUUAAACAGUCACAUGGAAGUCCACACAGGACAGAAGCCUUUCGCCUGUGAGCUCUGUGGACAAAGAUUUAGCAAAAAGACAAAUUUAAACAGUCACAUGAAAGUCAAUCAAUCAAUCAAAGCUUUAUUUAUAUAGCGCCUUCCGCAACCCUGUCAGGAAGCCCAAAGCGCUGAACGUGGUACAGUUGUAAGUAAUUAUAUUGAAUAAAUCAACAGCGAGCAGUACUAAGUAAUUAGAGGACUGUAAAAGAAAGAACUUCCAAUAAUUUUACUUAAUAUGCUUUUAUGUUUGUGUACUAUGUUCUGUGUCAAUAUUCUUUGAUUUUAUUUUACACAACAUGAUGUGACAUUUUAACUAAUUCAUUUCACUUGUGUUUGUUUUAACCAUGUGAAGCACAUUGGGCUACCGUUGUGUAUGAAAUGGGCUAUGUAAUAAACUUGACUUGAGAGAGA